UUGUAUUAACCACUUUGCAAAAAUGGCGCAGUUUGUUGACAGAAUUCCGCUUUUCCUGGUUGCGUUUUCUACUCUAUUUCCAAUCAUUUAUGUGCAAUCAUCUAAUUCAAGUGAUUCAAAUUCAACUACAUCAAUCGUACCAUCCCCUUCUUCAUUGCCAACAAGUACUGCCCACAAUUCAAGCAUCCAUACUACACAACUCAUUCCUUCUACAACAGUACAUCAUGCCUCAAUGACAUCAACACACGCACCCAUCUCUCCUACCAGUACAAGUGCCCCAAUAAGAACAUCUAGUAAACCCAUCACACCAACUCCUACAUCCACUGCAAUUCCAACAUCAAGCUUUGCCAAUUUUACAACUCCACAGCCAACUACAGCAAAACCAACUGCUCAUCCAGCAGACUGCCAUACUUGUCAGGAGCAACUUAAAUCAGAGAGGCAUUAUAAAUGGGCUGCUGUGGCAUUUGACGUGAUCUUAGCAAUUGCAUUGGUUAUUAUGACAAUCAUGUAUCUGAGGCAAAGGAAAAUGUACAGAGAAAUGGAAGGGGAUGGUUCUCUGUCAAGACUCAUUUAGAUUCCAGCAUCUUUGCGUUUACAAGGUUCAAUAUUUUACACAGUACAGCAAACCAAAGUUUUUCCCAAAACAAAAACUCUUUUUAAAACAAAUAUAGGAAGACUUCAGCUUGGUUUACAUGACUGAUGCAAAAAAAAUGUUUCUUUUGUUGUGUUUGCAUGCCAUUAAGGAGUGCAAAAUACAGAAGUCCUUGUAAACGAGGCACAAUGUUACCAAUAUGGGUAUACAACCUCAUGUACAUUCCAUAAUCCACUCCUGAUAAUAUUAAAAGUGUUUAUAAUAUUAAUCUGCUUCAAAAGCAAAAAUGUAGAUAGAUCAGUACAAACAUCAAAUAGUGCACCCAGGGUGGUUUUUAUUAACCUUUGAAAUGCACUUUAGCACACUAAACUUUAUUGCUCUGCAUUUAGGAGCGUUUUUCUUUAUCUUUUCAGUGUAUCAUCGUUUUUGUACUUUAAUUAUUACACUUUGUAUGAUACAAAAAGUGCUAAUUUCUCCCAAUUUCUUGGUUUUCCAUUGUUUAUAAUAUAGCAGUGUUUAUCAUCAAUAUAUUGUGGUGUAUACAAAUAAACUCCAUUAUAUACAUGUCGUUAGACAGUGUUGUCAUGCCAUAUUGUAUAUAGUGUAGCAUAGCAUAGCAAAUAUUUGUAAGUAAAACAAUCUUUUCCAGGUUGUAUCAACUUUUUUUUAUUAUGUUUAAUGUUAUGAACUAAAUUUAAUGAUUCUGCAGUUCAGAGUUAUUUCAUAAUAUCUUUAAAUUCCUUUAGAGACAUUUAACAUUUGAAUGAUUUGCCAUUUGCACAAUUUAUUAUUACCAGCAAGAUUUUUCACAAAUGUACAGUGUAAAAAUGCCUCCAGUCUUUAACUGGUAGCAAUACRAUAAUCACAAAUGGUGGUAAUGUAAGUGAAGUUAUCCAACCUUUGAAUACUGUAAAUCUGUUAAAUGACAGCUGUCAGUAAUAAUUAUGCAUAUUAGAAUAAAGAUGUAGCACUAAAAUUUGGGUUGA